ACACGGCAUUGCAUAGAUUCAAAUGCAGAACAUUCACACCCCUAACAUCAACACUACUGUAACAUAUUUAGAGUCAGAGAUUCUAAGCACAUUUAUAAAGCCUAUCCAAACACGAACCAACUAGAAACUAAAAAGCAUUACUGUAGAGGCAUAACUUUACAAAAACAUUGGAAGUGUUGUUAAACAAAAAACACUGAUAACCAAAUCCAACACAUAACUUCUCACUACAAUUGACCACAUUUCGUCUCAAUCAGAAUGCAUGGUCCCCAAAAUGGUUGCCCACAUGUGCGUAACAGCCGGGCACAGCAAUAAAGCAGCACAGACUCUACACUGAACCUUUGAGAAAAGGUUGAAAGCGUCACCAUGUCCAAGGGUUGUUUUUAUACCUUUUACAUGUUCCCCACUAAUUAGGGUCCGAGGAGAAACCCUGAAACAAACCAUUUCAAACCCUAAAACUGUUUAAUUGGCCCUACGAUAAUGGAAUCGAUUUUGUAGUCUAGCAAUGCCCUCUGGUGGCUGAAUGAGCUAAACACAAGGUGCAGGUAAAGUAUAAGGUUAACAGAAUGCGCCUAGAGAGGAAAUCUGGUUGUAAAGGAGAAACAGCCCACGGUAAACAUUUACAAAAUAAAAUACACAUUUCAUAAAGGAAGAUUAUGGCACGGUUUAUUUUACAAUAACAAACAAAGGACGGCGCUACAGUAAUAUGUUUGCACGGGAGCACCGCCUCCUUCCGUGUGUCGUUUGCAGUGUGAAAGUUCACAGGGCAUGCAAAGGUCGUGUUGUGUUUUUAGCGAGCUAUGGCUGCCUUGAGUUGGUUUACGUGCAGACAGCUGCCGCGGAUUGCAAAUCAGUUCGCCUGGGUUGGGAAGCACGUCAGGCCUCAGUACCUCGGGGGACUACCGGUGAGGAGAGUCCAUGGGUCGUCGCGGAAAUGUGUGGCUGAGAAGGGGCCAUGGGGCAAGGCUCGGAUGCCAGAGUAUCAUCUUAUGACAGAACUCGAUAAGGCGGAUGCUUUGAUGCUGAAAAAGUCCCACGAAACUGGGUUCCUGUCUUGGUUCCGGAACGGACUCCUGGCCACGGGGAUCGGGGUCAUCGCUUUCGUCCAGAGUGAUGUGGGACGAGAGGCAGGAUAUGCCUUCUUCAUCCUGGGUGGUGUGUGUGUGUCGUUCGGCGGGGCGUCCUACGUGGGCAGCCUGUUUUCGCUGAGGAGGAUGAUGCUUCUCUCCCUGCCAGCCGUGCUGCUGAAUGUAGCUGUGGUGAGCAGCGUCGCCCUCUUCUGGCUGUGUGCGGUAUCKCUCUACAUCGGACGCCUGGAGGUGGAGAUUAUACAUGAGGAUGACGAGGACGAUGACGGAGGGGAGUGUCCAGACUGUCGGGACCGCGGCAACCACUCGCAUGGCAACCGGCACCACGGCAGCAACAAAGGCCAAGACAAGUAGCUAGUGUGCGUGGCAAAGGUGACGAGGUGUGUGUUUGCGUGUGAGUGAGACAGAGAGGACUGAGAGGAAGUGUGUAUGACAUUCAAGUUCAUAAUAUCAAUGUUAGAUUAUUUUAAUUUCGUUUUAUUUUGCACACACACUCUGUGAGAGUGC